GCCGGGAGCGGGCGGCGCUCUGGGACCUUUCAAGAGCGGCGCCGCCAUGAUCUGCCUGGUGCUGGGGCUCUUCGCCAGCCUCUUCCACAGCGCCUACAGCGGCGCCAACGAACGAACCUUCGUGGCCAUCAAACCGGACGGGGUCCAGCGGCACCUGGUCGGGGAGAUCAUCCGGCGCUUCGAGAGGAAGGGGCUGCAGCUGGUGGGGCUGAAGCUCCUGCAGGCCUCAGAGGAGCUGCUGAAGCAGCACUACGUCGCCCUUCGGGACAGGCCCUUCUACAGCCGCCUGGUCAAGUACAUGAGCUCCGGGCCCGUGGUGGCCAUGGUCUGGCAGGGGCUGGAUGUGGUCAAGACGGUUCGCACCAUGAUCGGCGAGACCGACCCGGCGGCGUCCCGGCCUGGCACCAUCCGGGGAGACUUCUGCCUGGAAGUCAGCAAGAACCUCAUCCACGGCAGCGACUCGGUGGAGAGUGCCCAGCAGGAGAUCUCUCUCUGGUUCCACCCGGAGGAGCUGACCUGCUGGCAGGACACAGCUGAGCACUGGAUCUAUGCCUGAGGAGCAGCCUGCAGGGAGCUCCCUUCCCACCUGGACACUGAGGACUUCCUAUCCACUCCAUCCUGGCUGCCUGGGCUGGCUCCUGCUGCGGGGGGCAGCUCCGUGUGGCUCCUGCUCUGCCUGUGGGAGCUGCUGUGUGUGGCAGCCCUGCAGCUCAGCUCCCUGCAAUAGCAGCUGCUUCCCCCUGCUCUGCUACCUGCUCCCUGUUGUCACUCUCUGCUGCAGCACCUGAAACCCCAGGUGGCUCAGGGGGCUUUAUGGG